AUGAAUGAGACUAUACACGAUGAUCAUUAUAAGGUUCUUGGUUUGUCGUCCGGCGAGAAAGGCUCUAAGCUCACAGAGAAACAGAUCAAAAGGGCUUACCUCGCCAAGGCUUUGGAGUUGCACCCGGACAAGAGCCAGUUCGACAAAACCCUUAGAGAUCAAAGACAGAAGGAACUGCGCCAAUCGGAGCGCGAUCCCAAGCGACAGAAGAUGGUUUCUGAUCUUGAAGCAAGAGAACGAGCUGCAAAGUUUGACAGGGAUGCCAGAGUUAGACAAGAAAAAGAAGAGAGAAUGAAGAGGAAGUUAGAUGAAGAGUGUGCUAGGUAUAGACGUCGAAGAUCACUUUUACAACCAGUUGUACAGAAGAUGGCAGCGGCCCCGACACCUGAGAAGAAUGAUGAACCUGAUCGAGUUAAUAAUUUGGUCGGUGUUGGCUUUCGAACAUUUGAAGAUGAAGUUUUGAAGAAGUUAGCAAAGGCUGGGCAGCAGCAAAAACUUGAUAAACAAGGUGUAUAA